AUGCUUUAUCGAUUCCUGUCAAAUACAAGUUUUGCUCUGAAUGCCUCUAUAAAAAGGAAGGAUCCUGUCGUAGAAGGUAGAGAGGUGAGAGAAAUAAGCGAUGUGCACCUGGAGAUGCCUCGUCAUGGACUUCGCUCCUCGCAACUCACUCCAAGUCCUGAUUUGUUACCUUUGUUGGAAAAAGUCGCAAUCAAGAAAAACGUGAUUAUAUCAGUUUUCGAUUUUGCGUUCUUGCCACAGUUUUACAGUUUUUAUCACAGCAGUCUUCUUCCAUUGCAUAUUACCAACUUUAUCGCAUUUGCAAUGGACAAACGAACCUACAAAACAUUACAAGAUUGGGGGAUUCCAUCCGUCCUCCUUGAAUUGGAUAUUUCCAUCAGUACUUCUAGUUCCUCUGACUACGGUUCCUAUGCUUUUGCAACGAAAGCGAACAUGAAAACGCUCGCUGUGCUUCACGUUCUCCAGUGCAACUAUAAUCCGCUCCUCAGCGAUGUGGACGUCGUUUAUUUUAAGAAUCCGUUCGAAUAUCUGGGCACCGGCAAUUGGGACAUUCAAAUCCAGCGUGAAGAAAGCGCAGAUACAGCUCGCGAGCGAAACAGCGGCUUCAUGUUUCUGCACUUUGCUUUGUUUAUUGUAGUUACGUCGCGAACACGCCGCGAUCCAAUUCGCUCUUUAAUCAAGCAUGGAAAAACCACCUCGAAAAUCGAAGUAUGCGGCAUCAAGUGGCUCUGA